AUAAAGUUGUGGUGUUGUUUAUAGACUAGUCUGACAGCAGCCUGUGAGUGUCUUCUUACUGGGAUCCUUCUUGGACAGACGGAACAUGGACUCAAACAUAUGAAUCCAGGAGGGCAAAUCAUAAACAUUUAGUUGGAAAAAUGGAGAAGGAUUCUGAGUCUCCAUCCUCGUCUGUCAGCACCACGGGUUUGUGCCCUGUCCUGAAGGGACCCUCACCACCUCCUAAACAGAUUCCUUCUUCCCCUGCAUCCAAUAAACCUGCUUCACCUUCUCAGCCUGUCAAAUCAACAUCUCCAUCAAGUCCCAGAAAAUUAUCUGAUUUCUCUCCAUCAUCCACACAAGCUAUUCAUUUGGAUAAAUCAAAGCCAGUGUCUUUUGCUGAAUCUGUGUCCUCAGAACAUUUGUCUGAUGAGAUAACUAAAAAACCUCAACCACAUUCUAUCUCCAAAACAACAAGCAUAUCAUCUUCUGCAAAGUUUGAAUCUACCUGUCCUGGAUCAUCUUGCUCUGGCUCCAGCACUUCCCCCUCUGGAGCUACUUCCACAAAACGCAGCUUUGCCUCUGUGGCUAAGCAGGUGAUAAUGCAGGAGAGACUCAGGAAAGCAGAGGAAGAGGAUGCAAAUGAUGAAGAAGAUGAUGAAGAACUAGAAGAAGACCUGAGUGUGGCGCAGAUGGAGGAGAAGGCCAACACUGGUGAUGCCAGAGCUCAGACCCAGUUGGGUCAGCACUUCUUGAUGCUUGCUGAAGACAAAGAACCAGAUCUCAACAACCGCCUGGCAGUUAACUGGCUAAUCAAAGCAGCUAAACAGGGAAGAAUGUCCGCAGCGAGACUUCUUCAGCGCUGUUGGAUCCAGAAAAAAGGAGUAACUCCAGAAAAUGAGGAAGACAUGCGCAAGUUGUCAAAAGAGGGCAAGUUUGAACUGGCAGUACGCAAAGCAGCCAUGAUGAUGUACUGGAGGCUCAACCCAGACAGGAAGAAAAAAGUGGCUGUCUCUGAGCUGCUCCAGAAUGUCAGCCAGGUCAACGCAGUGCCAGCAGGGGGCACAGCAAGCAGAAUCCCUGUUCCUACUUCGGGCCAGACCCAGAAAGUAUUAGAGAGCAUAGUCAGCACUGAUGCCAAACAGCUGGUGGACCUGGAUGACUUUGUUGAAAUGACGAAACAGUAUGCACAAGGCAUUGUCCCUACUGUCCCUCAAAAUGGAGACCAGGCCUCAUCAAAAAUUGAAAGUACUGACCCCCUGGAUAGAAAAGGGAAGGCCAUAUCAGGGGUAGUUCCUAAAGAACAUAAGAAGGUCCAGAAACAUUCUUGGAGUUUUGGUUACAGUGGGAUGCUGCCGGAUGCCAAGCAAACAAAUGCCAUGAAGUCACACCUGAUGAUGCUACAAUACCCACUUCAUGCUGUUAUUGAGAUGAAGGAGCACCUCUUUGACUGGGCAUCAAGAGCAGGCGUCCAGUGGUUGAGCACGCUCAUCCCUACGCAGCAUGUCAACGCCCUCAUUUUCUUCUUUAUCAUCAGCAACCUGACUGUUGAUCUGUUUGCUUUUGUUAUACCCCUGCUUGUCUUUUACCUCUCCUUCAUUGCCAUGAUUAUCUGCACUCUAAGGAUCUUCCAGAGUAGCAAGACAUGGGAGAACUUCAAAGCCUUGACAUCCCUGCUGACUCGUUUUGAACCAGGUCUUGAUGUGGAGCAGGCAGAGACCAACUUUGGUUGGAACAACCUGGAGCAAUACCUUUACUUUAUCUUUUCCGUAUUUUUUGUGAUUUUCUCCUUCCCUGUCGCUGACAAGAAAUGGAUCCCUUGUUCUGAGCUCUCCACCGUGGCAAUUUUCUUCACAGUUCUCGGCUAUUACAGCCUCAGCCCAGCUGCUGCAGCAUAUGCACGUCGUGCAAUCUUCAUAGAGGUAGCCUCAAAUCUGUGUUGCCUGACACAAUUACUGCCAAAGGACAUGACAGGACUUCGUUUUCUUGGUCACACAUUUACCACAGUGCCACUUGGGGAAUCUGUAGUACUGAAACUCAGCAUCCCCUGCCUUCUGUAUAUCUACCUUUUCUACCUUUUUUUCAGCAUGGCAAGAACCCGUGGAUUUCGGGGUACCUAUUGUUUCCUGAUCCCAUAUCUUGUUUGCUUCAUGUGGUGUGAGUUUUCAGUGGUCCUCCUACAAAAUUCCUCUCCUGUUGGAUUAAUCCGCACCUGCGUGGCAUACUUCCUUUUCCUGUUUGCACUCCCUGCUCUGGCGAUUGGCCUUGCCAUCAUGCUCUUCAUCCAGCUGUUUAAAUGGUUCAUAGAGCUAGAGUUGACAAAGAUGAUUGUGACCCUGGUGAUAUGUGCAAUUCCCGUCACUCUGCGGCUCUGGACACGGUUCAGUAUGUCUAUUUUGGAUGUUCUGCGCUCAUUUACGCACUGGGGUCCGGUCAAAUUCAUCUUACUCUGCAUUUCCAUGGUGAUCCUGUUGUUCUCGGUAUAUGUAUACCAUGCAGAGGGACAGAAGGUGUACAACUCCACUCUGACAUGGAACCAGUACAUCCAGGCUUGUGGGCCCCCAGCCUGGGAAAGCAAAGGCAUGGCUCAGACUCAGAUCUUCUGCAGCCACCUGCAAGGGCACAGAGUCACCUGGACUGGACGCUUUAGACACGUCCGGAUUGCUGAGACAGAGAACGGUGCACAAUCUGUCAUUAAUAUGCUGCCAUUGUUUAUUGGGGACUGGAUGCGCUGCUUGUAUGGUGAGACAUAUCCCAAGUGUGAUCCAAACAAUACAUCACUGGCAAACUCAAUGUCAGCAGAUAUAGCAAACAGUUCUUUGUCAAGUCCAGUUUCUCUGGCCACACUGCUUAAAAUUCAAGAAGAAGAGGAGUUGUGUCAAAUUAAGGCUUUGGCCAAGCACACCUGCCACAUCAAGCGUUUUGACAGUUAUCGAUUUGAAGUGACGGUGGGAAUUAUCCAAGAUGAAAGCUCAAGAGCAGAGGAUGCAGCCAGAGAUAUAAUCCUUAUGGCCAGCAAUGAAUUUAGACAAAUUCUGCUCAAUCUGAAACCAGGUAACAUAGUAGAAUUCAGUACUAAGCUGGAAGGGCGUUUAGGAGCAAAGGCUUCGGCCUUUGAGCUCAAAGCUAUCCAUUGCCUCGACUGUGCUUCUUCAUGGCUGGCUGGAGGCAGGCAGGUGAAGAUUGAGAGAGACUUCAGGCGUACAACAGUUAGAGCCUUCAAGUUUGCAUUUGACUUUUUCUUUUCACCGUUCCUGUCAGCAGAAAUCCGUACCUGAGAUUAAACAGACAAUAAGAAACCUGAAUCUUUUCUUGCGAAAGGAUUUUGAAAUAUAAUUGAAAGUUGGUUUGUGAUUAAGGCAUAAGAUGCUUUUGGAAAGAGUAACAUUUUACAACUUAAGUCAAACCUUUAUCAUUUUUCCUAACAAGUUUGCAUGCAAACUUGUUAUGCGAGCAAUCUUUUCAUAAGCAUUAUUGCUGUAGCUAAGCUAAUUAAAGCUGCUAGUUAAAUCCUUCCUCCUUCUACAGAGAAACAUUUGCAACCACUGGGACUUAUGACAGCUGUUUACAUUUAUUAAGUAAAUAUAAUUAUUUAAUGUACACUAUAUAAACAUUUCAACCUUAUCAUUACCAAAGUGUAAAAAAAAAAUAGUCAAUUCAUAAUUACAUUUAAAAUCUUAUACUUGUGAUUAAAAUGAUAAUAUUUCAAUUGGUUUUGAUAACCCUCCAAAUUUAUUUUUUAUUGUGUGGUGUAGUUGAGACCUAUGGAGAGCCAGAGAUGGUGGGUGGACAUAUGUUUACAUUAAAACAUUACCUUAGUUGAAGUCAAACUUGUUAGAGUAAUGUUGAUGAUCCUGGGUCUUUAUAAAGCAAUAUCUUUAUAAACCAUGGAGCAAUGGUGGCGACCGAAGUAGGAGUUCACCUUGCAAAUAGUUAGUAGGUUUCCGGUUUGAGACACUGCCCUUCUAUCUUUCUUGUUGUGUCCUUAGGCAAGACACUUUACCCACCUUACCUGCUGCUGGUGGUCAGAAGGCCAGAUGGUGCUGAUAUAGCAGCCUUGCCCCAGGGUGACUGUGGUUACAAUCCAGUAGCUAGUCAUCAUCAUCAGCAUGUGAAUGUGUGUGUGAAUGGGAAUGACUGAUUAGAUUGUAAAGAGC